UUUAAUGUUCAUGUGAAAUAUUCGUAAGGAUACAGAAAACCUUAUCGUAAUUUCAAGAUUUUCACGGAAAUUUUUUAUAAACACAUUUGUGAUGUGAUGAAUAAGAUUCUACUAUCUUAAUCUUUUGAAAAACAUAGAUUUGUAGAAUGGCUUCUAACGUGCAGUCUUUCCCGCGAAUGCUGAAAAUGUUGCGGGAAAACAGCAAUACCAAGGAAAAACGCGAAGCUUUAACCUAUAUUCGCAGCAACAGCAAAAAAUUAGAAUCUACAAAAUCUAUUAAAGAAGAACAAUAUAAAGAAUUGUGCAAACUAAUUAUAGAUGUAUUUGCAACGGGAAAUAAUGAUAUACAGAACGAAGCAUAUGAAACAUUAACUGUAGUUAUUCAGGAAUUUAAAGACCAUACUUUGAAUUUAUUUGAAGCCAUAUCACAGAUAAGUCAAAAAAAUAGACUAAAAAUUCUUAAAUUAUUAGAGGUAGUUGAAGAUAAUGCUAUAUCAACAUUUGCUUCUGAUCCACAUGCUGUAAUUUUUUUUAAUAAUUGUAUGUGUACAAUACAAACAAAUACAAUGCCAUGGACAGCACCAACUGCAUGUGUAGAUAAUCUUCAAGCAUUGAUAGAUGCUGAAAGUAAACCAUUAUCAGAUGACCAAAGAUUAGAAGAAGAAACAGUUAAUUAUUGUGUAACUUUAUUAAGGAGAUUAUAUAAAGUGGCUGCAAUAACAUCAGAUAUUAAAGUUCAAAGGUUUCAUGCACUUUUAAUGGAUAAAAUAACGCUAUUAGCUUAUAUGGGUCAUAAACGACAACGAGGUCCUGCUUUGAAACUUUUACAACAAGCUCUAGCCACAAAUAUGUUAUCACAUGUUCGUACUAAACUAACAUCUGCAUGGACUCGAUAUAUAGCAGCAUUACAAUCUACAUACUGCAAACGUAUGUUACUUUUAGUAUCUGGAUGUGAAUUAGAUUGGGCUACACAAUGGAAUGUUAGUAUUCAGUUUCUUGGUAUGGACCUCCACCGUGGUGCUGGUUUAAUAAAUAAUUUACUGAGUGUUGAAGAAAAGGCAUUUAAAUCUACAGAUGCAAUUAUACGCAGGCAAGCAUUUCUUUCAUGGAAAUUAUUGGUGGACAAUUUUGCUUUAGACUCACAAGAACUUGCUACUGCUAGGCGAAUAAAAUUGUUGUGUAUUCCCUUGAAUGCAAAAAAUAGUAAAACUGAAUUAAUAGCAUUAACAAAGUUAGAAGUCUGGUGGCAUGUGAUCAUUAAACUUUAUAAAGAUAUUACUAAAUUUGUCAAUCCUGUAAUUACACAGUUCUUAAAUUUUUGCUUUGGACCUCUUGGAGACACACCAUUAUUAUCUUCAAAGUUUGAUAUAGUAGCCUCACCAGGAAAAAGAUUUUUUAAAACAAAAGUUGUUGCUGUAGAUGCUUUAUGCCAACUUCUUGUUACAAAACAAGAAAAUCAUCAUACUGCUGCAAUCUUGGAAGAAAGACUUCCACACCCUAUAUCUGAUGUUGUUUUCCAAGAGUGCUAUAAAAGUAUAAUUCACAGUGUAGGAGAAGCACUGCUUGUGCUUAGCCAACUUACAGAUGCAGAAAUGAAAAACAGAUAUCAACUUGGUAAAAUACUAUGGACUAAUUUAGUCAGUUAUAUACAAGAAUCAAAACUAAAGGAAAAGGAAAACAUGUAUAAAGAUAUGAUACUAGUAACUAUAGAACUAACAAAUUAUGCUAAGGAUAAAUUAAUGAUUAAAAAUUUGAUUCUUGACAUGAUCUUAUUUCAAAUUGCUGAUUUGAGUAUAGAUUUAAAUUUCCAAGAUGAUACACUAUCAGGCUUAGUAUUCAAACUUCUUCAAAUACCAGUCUUAGAUCAAGCUGAAAAGAAACAUUAUAAUGCAUUAAAGAAUCUCUUUUGGCAAUCUAUCAAGUCUCGAAAAGAGAAUAUGUAUCAUUUACAUGCAUUUAGUUGUCUUAAAAAGCUGCAUGAAAAAUUACAUCUAUUAUUAAGUAAACGAAACAAAAACGACUCUAUUAUUCUUGAAUUGUGGCUUAUUUUAGCAGAUGUAUUAGGAAAAUACAUGAGUGACAUACAAGAAAUCAAUGAAGGAAGCUCUUCAGAACACAAUUUAAAGACUGUUGAAUCUAUUGUAAUGUUUCCAUUUAUGUAUUUACAGUUGGAGGAUCAAAAGCAGGUUCAAGAAUUAGCAAAAGCUUGGAAAUAUUUAUAUAGACAAUUUGAAAUGCGAACAGACCUUAUGACAACUGUAAAGUCUAACGAAAUUUUAUUGAAUGUUGCAAGUGUUAUGCAAAAUUGUUUGACAACUAAUCAAAAAUCUUCUUAUCUUAUUAUAAAUUGUUUAGACUUUUUAUUAAGUACUAUCAACUAUAAGCUUCUAUUGGCAAAUGCAGGAAUUCCAUCUAUCAUACAUCUUAUUGUGGAUCUUAUAACAUACUUUUUAUGCAGUAAGAAGAUUAAGGAAUGUGAAACUGCUCUAAAAGCAUUAUCAGCAGUACUCGUUACUAUUUUCGGUCACAAUUCAGAAAAAAUAGUACCAUAUUUGCAAAUUUGUAAACCUGUAAUUAAACUCAUGCUUCAGUCUGAUUUAGAAUCGUUAUAUAAUGAAAUAGCAAGUACUUGGGAAGGUGUAGUUAAUAUUUUUAAAGGACUUGGUAAAUUAGUAGAUUAUAAUCUUCUUUCAGAUUACAAAAAACUAAUUAUUCUAGCAUUAAAUCAUCCAAGUCUUGACAUACAAGUUCAAACAGUAUCUCUUUUUGAAUUACAAAAUGGGUUAAAUGAUAGUAUUAAAUUAAUAUUAGAAGAAAUAGAAAAAGAAACAAGGAAUAAUAAAAUAUUAUGUAAAAUUAUAAAAAAGAAAAAUGACCAAGUUGGAAAAUCAUCAAAUCAAUUAAAAAUAGUUGGUACCUUUGUAAGAGCAACUAGUAAUCAAAAAUUAAUAAUUAAAGAACCAGAUAAAAUUGAUAAAAAAGCAUUAAUUGACGCAGAUUCGCAGGGUUAUGUAUUUAUUAAAACAGAUUUGAAAUUUGAUGUUAAUCGUUUGACUGAACACCAAAAAGAGUCAUUAAAACGUAAAAGAGAGGAUAUUCCAGCAUUAUAUAAUGAUUUGUCACAAUCUUCAUCGCAGGAUACUCAAAAUUUGCAAGAGUGGUUUGAUAAGAGGAAUAAAAUGUUAGAAGAAACAGAGAAAGGACACAAUAAGAAAGAUAAUAGUUCAAUUAAAAAUAUGUUGGAUGAUGACGCUAAUAAAGAAAAUAAAAUUGAAAUGAAGGAGUUAGAAACAAUCAAUAAAUCGACUGUGGAAAAUGACACAAAGUCCACAGACAGUGUUGGACCAAAUAUGUCAUUAGAAUCUGUACAAAAAGCGAAAUGUAAUAUAGAUAAUAAUGAAAAUUCGUUUGUAGAAAACGAAACGGUAACAGUGGAAAAUGUUAAUGACAAUGCAGAAGCAAAAACUUCAGUAGAUUCUAUAUCGAAGGACUUGAAUGCUACUGCUCAAGAAGAAUUUUUAGAAAACAAAGCUGACCAAAGACUAUCCCCGUCUGUAUUAGAUAGUGGUAAGCGGCGCAAUCGUUUUAAUGUUGCUGUAAAAUCUACUUCACCAAAAUCAGAAGAAAUUGUUAACAGUCAACCAGGACAGUCAAAUAUUACUCAAGCCUUGCAGAGAACAUUAAGAACAAAAGUAAUUCAAGGCAAAUCUGAAAUGAUUAAUAAACAAAAAACUUCAGAAAAUAUGGAAAAUAAAGUAAUCAAAGAGGAUAAAAGAGGUAUUAAACGUAAAUCAACUUUGGAUAGCGAAAACGAAGGUACCAGUUUGCGUCAACGAAGGAGAGCUUCUGCAAUGGAAAUGAUUAGUGAUAGUGACAGCUGUAAAUCUACAGACAAUGAUAAUGUAGCAAUGAGUUUAGAGGAGAUAAUUAAUGAAUCGAAUUUAAGCCAACGUACUAAAAAUGAAAUAUCCCGUUUACGUAUAAAUAUGGUAUUUGACAGUCCUUUAUCACGUUGUCGUCGAUCUAAGGGGCAUGAAGAUAAUAAUAAAGAAACGUUUACCAAAAAACUAUCACUAGAAAAUAAAGGUGCUAAAUUAAAAAGUGGAGAUGCAAAAGUAGGUGACAUAAAGAAAACUCAGAAAAUUAAUGAGAAAGAAUUAAAGGGUAAGAGUAAAAUAGGAAAAAUUAAAAAAAUAUUCAAUAAAAAGAGUGAAUUAGAAGAACAAACGGAAGAAGAAACUAUAGAAACGGAAGAAGGCUUAGUUGAAACCAAAACAUGUUCUGAAAAUGAUGUUAGAACAAUUAAUAAUAUUGUUCAAGAUGCUAAGUUUACAGAAGGUAAAAACCAGGUGCAGAAUGAUAUGGAAGAUAUAAUAGAAGAUUCACAAGCAAUGGUUAAAUUAGAUAAAGGGAGAUUAUUUAAAGCAAAAGUUGAAGUUAGUAAAAUUGAAGAUAUAAAAAAGGUUUUACAGAAUAAAACAAGUGACUUAGAAGGAGAGAAAGAAGAGGUGGAAAAGGAACAGGCAAAAAAUGUACAAACAGAAGUUACUGUAAAAAUAUCAGAUGAUACAUGUAAUUUAUCCGGUACAAACAAAUUUAUUAAAACUAAUGUUGAGACAGUUAAUUAUAAUAGAUCAAAUAGUGACACACAAAGUACAAUUCAAGAUGUUAAGUCUACUGAAGGAAAAACUCGAGAUAAUAUGGAAGAUAUAAUUGAAAAUUCUCAAGAAUUACCUGAAUUAGAGAAGAAAUUUAAUGAAAAACAAUAUUUUAUUAAAUUGAAUAGAAUUGAAGAUACUUUUCCUUUAAUGAAAUAUCAUGAAACUACAAUUGAAGAUGAAGAAGUGGCUAAAAUUGUUUCAAAUGAUUGUGAUAGCGACGAUACCGAAGUUCCUAAAUAUUAUGUUAAGGGAUUUGAAGAAGUCAGUAUCAUUGAACCAAAGAUUUCGACUCCUGUUAUUGAAAAUAAUUUAUGUGAUAAUGAAAAAGAUGCUGUACUUGAAGCGCAAAAAGUAAAUGAUGGAUUACAAUUUAAAUCCUUGCUUGAGUUAUCAUCACCUAAAAGUAAUGUUAAACGUCAGACGAAAUUUAAAUGUUAUCCAGGACGUGCAGCUCAUAUGUUAGGAUUAGUAACAAAGCAGGCAAGAAUGGAAGCUGAAAGCAAUGUUAUAAAUUUUGACGAUGAACAUGUGGCUAAAAAACUAAAAUCUAAGGAUGCAGACAAUGAUGUAUUGCUCGGAAAGAAGGAACAAGGAUCUGUAUCCAAAGAAGUUGACAAAGUAACAGCAUGUAGUAGCAGACAAGAAAAAAUUUUUAGUAAUAUGAGAUCAACAGAUUAUUGUUCUUCACCUCCAAUAAAAUUAUUUUCCAAUUUGAAAAAUGAUGGAGAAAAAAUUUUUUCAAAAACAGACAAAUCAGUAAAUUGUUUAUCCAUACAAACUGAUGCUCAAAUUGAUAAGAUAGAUGAAGAGGCAAUGCUUGAGGGAGAUGAAUUACCAAUCUUAGAAUGGUCAAGUGCAAAUCCACCAUCACUAACUGCAUCUCCAAGUGCAAGUAUAUUGAAACGUCAACGUCAAUCUAUUCCAGAACCUGAUCCAGAAUCUAUAACUCCAAACAAGAGAAAGAGAGUAAGUUUUGCGGAUCCUCCAGUUUCAAAGGAAAUGGGCUAUGAAAUUACAUCUACUGACUCUCCUCAUAAAGCUAAUAAAUUUACCUCACGUGGAUUACUAACACGCAAGGAUUCACCACUACGAUUAAAACAAAUCAAACAGAAAAUAACUUCAACUGAUACAGAUAAGUUAGAAAAAGAUGAAGAGGUUGAUAUGACAAAUGUAUCUGAAGUUGACUUACAGUGUGAAAGAGAAAAUGAAUUAUUAACAAAGAUAGCUGAGGAAUUAGAGUAUUCAGAGAAUGUCACAAUAGAUACUGAUAUACAAACAUCGUGUAAUUCUGUAGAGGAUGAAUCAACAAAUGUUGUUCCUAUGAUAAGUAAUACUUGUAAUGAAAUUAAAAUUGGUAAUUUAAAUGUAGAAUAUGAAAUUACUGGAGAUUCAACAUUUUCAAAACGUAUAGAACCAACAAUUAUGAAUAAAAUAGUUGAAAAUAAAAAUGAUGAAAUUUUGAAAACAUCAAAAGAUCUUAAUGUUUGUACAGAAAAUAAUGAAUUUGACGAUUCUACAACACAAGAAGAUAUAUUUAUUGGAGUAGAUGCAACACAUAAUGAUUAUGCUAAAGAUGCAGAAACUAUCUCUGAUGUUAAUGCAAGUGUUGUACAAGACACAUCUGUUACAAAUAAGUCAUUAGAUUUACUUAAUGUUCGGAAUAAUUCUUUAAUAGAAUAUUCAUCAGAAAAACACAUAAAUUCUGCAAAUUUGGACGAUACAGUAGAUGUAGCCAACUUUACUGAAUUGAAUUCUUCAGCAAAUUCAGAUGAAAUUUUUUGUGGAAAAUUAAUAAGAACAAGCACACAGAGAACAGAGAAUAUUCAAGAACAAGAUACUUUACCUGUUACAGAUUCAAUAUUUGGCAGUCUACCUUUGAGUCAAGAUAGUCAAAAUACAAAUGAACUUAAUGUAGAAAUUUCACAUCCAGAGCUGUUAGAUUCAAUACAUCCUAUAUACCCUACAUUAAUAUUAUGUAAAGAACCUAUAACAUCUAUUACUGAUCAUUUAACUAAUCCCCUUUGGGUGCAACAUUUAUCUGCAUAUUUUACAAAUAGAAAUGUUCAAACUGUUGGUGAUCUCGCAAGGUUACCUGAACGUGAAGUAAAUAGAAUUCCAGUAAAGGGUAAUUCGAAAGUUGAAUUUGUAAAGAGUGUUUUAAAGAGUUUUGAGAAAAAAUAUGUUGUAAAAGUAAUGAAUAAUAUCACAGAAAAUGUAGACAAUACUUUAAGCAACAAAGUGUCAUAUGCUGUAAAUAUUAACGUAUCUGCAUCUACACCAAAAGUAACACCACAAGAUCAAGUAUUAAAAAUUGCUGAUGAAGUACAUAAUAAAUUAAUAAAUCACGGUAUGCCAUUAAGUCAGUCAAGUUGUGGCUUAAGUGCAUUUAAGACAUUUAAAAAAGCAACAGAAAUUACAUUAAAUGAACCAUCAAAUAUAUUUAUAGCUGAUACUUCUAAGGUUCAACCACAAACAUAUGAACAUUCUACACAAACAACUACAUCAAAAUCGUCAAAUAUGACAACUAUGCAAAUUAUAAAUGAACCAAUAUCGUCAGCAAUAGUUACUGUUUCUGCAUCAGAAAAUAUUAUUGGAAAUACUUUCGCCCUUGUUAGAAGUACAAUACCAAUAACACAAGUAAUGAAAACUGUUGGAACCUGUACUAGUAAUGAUUCUAUUUAUCUCGCCAAGACAGUAACAAAUAAAGCAACAAAAUCUGUCUCAGCACAAAUGGCUUUGGAAGAUCUUUUGGAUGAAAUAGAUGUUAACUUAGUGCUAGAAAGUGCAGCGAGAAGAUGCACCCCAGAAAAAAUCCUUAUGAAAUAUAAGAACAAAAUGAGGCAUGUAUCACAGGUGGAAUUAGAAAGUGAAACUAUUAAAUUGCUUGGUGCUGAAAACAGAAAAAACUCUAAUGAAGUAGCAUUGAAGGCGGCAUGUCGUGCUUGCGGAGUGAAUAAAGUUUUACUUCGGCUUCCUGAUAUUUUCAGUGCUGACAAACAAUUUUUCAUAAAGGUAUUGAAUGCCUACAGAAAAAAAAUAAAGACUAGUGAUUGUUUGGAUAUCCUUGAUUUUGAUGAAGUUAAGGAUGCUAUCUGUCAAAAAUGCAUGUCGUCAGAACUUGCUGAGAUGUUGUCCACAAAAUUAAAAGAAGAAGAACAACAAGGAAUAAAAAAGCCUAUGACAGAGUUAUCUAGUUUGGAUGCCAUGUUGAAAAGAAUGCCAAUGGAUGUAAUCAUUAGUCAUACAGUGGCAAAUGAUGAAUUAAUACCGUCGCGUGUCGUUUUAGACAUAGCUUUGCAAAAUAAUAGCCCAAGUGAUAUAGCACAAGCUUUAGAAUCUCAAUCUUCUCCUAUGACGAAAAAUGUUUUCAACAAACUUUGGUCUUCCCAAUUUGCAGUUGAAUACAUUGAUCAACUGAGUGAGUCUAAGGAAGAUCUAUUAAAGAUCUUUAAAGCAAUUAGCUCGAAACUCAGUGAGCAAGAUUUUUUGCAAGCAUUCUAUGAAUCCAUGAACAUGAAAUUAAUGGUAAAGAAAGAGAAGGACUAAAACUUGUUUGUAUUUACUAAUCGAUUCACAAUCCUCGUGUACGAUAUUUAUUAGUAACAUUAUUUGUAAUCGUAGAUUGGUUCUCAAUAAUAUGAUC